CUAGCCCAGCGCCCCUGCGCAGCGCAGUUAGUUUUAUUGUAAUAUAAUUAAACUUAAGCUGCAAAUGGCGUAGCAUUUUCCUAUGAAACACACUGUAUCGUAUUCCCAUACUGCACUGGCUUGGUAUCCAAGUCCAAUCGCGCCAUCCCACGCAGACUCCACGGAGAACCUGAAAAGCGGAAGACCAGCGAACCCACAAAAAGAGCAGCACUGAGAUCCGUGCGCAGGGUCCGCAAAUCCAGAGAGCGCUCAAGCGCCGGGGCCUGGACGCGUCCAUUUCCCAUCCACCCCCACGCUCAUGGUUCCGCCCGCGUAGGGGGCGGGGCCACGAGUGGCGGGAGAAUCGGAGCAAAGCGCGUCUUCACUUCCGUUCCCUGCUGUCUCUCCUGCUUCUCCGUUCCCGCUGUCUGGCUUCCCCUGCCCUGUUCCCGUUCCCGGACCGGGUCUCAUCCUCGUCAUGGCUCAGCGCCGCCUCACUGACUUCUUUGCGCACCGCCGCCCGGGACCCCGAGCCACGUUGUCGCGUACCAAGCCGACUUGGGGCACCCCGAGCUCCGCCAAGAACGUGCCCCACGUCCGGGUUCCCAGCUCGGGCGGCAGGCGCAAGCGCGCCCGCCUGCCCGACGAUCCCGCGUGCAACGAGCCCACGCGCGACGAACCCGCGCCGCCCGCACGCAGGAAGCUGAAGUUGACCGCGGAUGUGGUCCCUGGCCCUGGCUCUGCAGAGGCCCCUAGCUCCCCGGAGCACUCCUCUGUGAGCAAGAAGACAAAGAAGGUUGCCCUCUCAGCAGAUCAACUGCCCAGACUGGCACCCCAGGAGGACGAGGUCCCCUCAAAAAUCACCUUCUCAGAAAUCAAGUCGUGCCUGAAGCGGGCCCGGGAGCUGGGCGCACGGGUCCAGGAGCUGAAGGCAAGUGCCCAGAGGAAUGAUGCUGGGGAACCCGGCGCGCUGGAGGCCGAUGGGCACUCAUCCAGGCCAAGUGAAGAAAAGGCACCUGCCUAUCAGCGCUUCCAUGCCCUGGCCCAGCCAGGGCCUCCUGGCCUUGUGCUGCCCUAUAAGUACCAGGUGUUGGCUGAGAUGUUUCGCAGUAUGGACACCAUUGUGGGCAUGCUCUACAACCGCUUGGAGACUGUGACCUUUGCCAAGGUCAAGAAGGGUGUCCAGGAUAUGAUGCGCAAGCGCUUUGAGGAGCGCAAUGUGGGCCAGAUCAAAACCGUGUAUCCUGCUUCCUACCGCUUCCGUCAGGAGCGCAAUGUUCCCACGUUCAAGGAUGAUGUCAAGAGGUCUGAUUACCAGCUCACCAUUGAGCCACUGUUAGACCAGGAGGAUGGCAGCACAGCCACCCAGCUCACAGCCUCACACCUUCUGCAGCGACGACAGGUCUUCAGCCAGAAUCUGGUGGAGCGCGUCCGCGAGCACCACAGGGUAUUCCUGGCCUCCCUGAGCCCCCCCAUGGUGGUGCCCGAGGACCAGCUGACACGCUGGCACCCCCGCUUCAACGUGGAUGAAGUGCCUGACAUCGAGCCUGCUGAGCUGCCCCAGCCACCCACCACUGAGAAGCUGGCCACCGCUCAGGACGUGCUGGCCCGAGCCCGCAGCCUGAUGUCACCCAGGAUGGAGAAGGCCCUGAGUGACUUGGCCCUGCGCACAGCUGAGCCCAGCAGCCCUCUGUCCACCAGCCCAGCCCUGCCAGCCACCCCGCCGCCCACUCCACCUGCUCCCCUGAAGGGGGUGUCCCAGGACCUGUUGGAGCGGAUCCGGGCCAAGGAGAUGCAGAAGCAGCUGGCACAGAUGACACGGCGUCCAGAGCAGGAGCCGAGGUUGCAGCGGCUUGAGAGGCUGCCUGAGCUGGCCCGGGUGCUGCGUAGCAUCUUUGUGUCCGAGCGCAAGCCAGCGCUCACUAUGGAGGUGGCCUGUGCCAGGAUGGUGAGCAGCUACCACGUGGCCAUGAGCCCAGGGGAGAUGGAGAAACACGUGCAGCUCCUGUAUGAGCUGCUGCCAGACUGGCUUAGCCUGCACCACAUCCGCACAGACACAUAUGUCAAGCUGGAUAAGGCUGCUGACCUGGCAGGUGUCACUGAACGGCUGGCUCGCCUUACCCGUGCUGAGGAGGUGCUGUGAACUUGAUGGCUGUGCACUAAACACACAUGUGAGCUCAAGGUCCGGCCAGGCCCCAGAUGCCUGUUUUAUUCUCGAAGAAUGUAAUGCACUUUGUUCUCCCAUUCCCGAGUCCCUAUGAGUGUCAGAGGUUUAGCUGGGCUCUGGCUGCAGGGCCUGGGGGAAUUCUCUGGCCAGUGUGGGUGGUGUGCCCACCUCACAUAGUAUGCUGUCAUUAAACUGGUUUCACUAGG